GGUUCUGACGUGCCGCUUGAUGGGCGGGCAAUUGUCUGCAGACGUCGACGAUGUCGCAUUCAGCCGGCCCAGAAAGGAAGUCCGGAAGAAAAGAGCUAGACCAGCAUGGAAGCAAGCGAGCUGCUUCCCCGCAAGAUCUGAUUGGAAGGCUUGUUGAUCGCUUGUCUAGUCCGUGAUUUGUUCAAUGCGAUUCAAGCGGUUACAACAUCGGCCCGGGGUGUCGGUACUAGAGAACGGCAUGUGCCAGCCUCAUUUUGUAGGCACCACGUCGAUGUAUAAAAGGUCGCAUCUUCUCGGGACGAAAAGAGGGAGCCGGGUCGUCUCUAAAUCAUCACCAACAGCCAGUCAUCAAACAUCAAUAACACCAAAAUGCUGUCCAUCCGCGCCAUCAUUUGCACCCUUACCUGCCUCCUGUUCUCAGGCUUGGCACUGGCACAAGCAACACCUCGGGCACCAGGCCUGACAUUCCUCUACUCCCUCAACUGCACAUUGGGUGCCUCUCUUCCUGUAGGAGCUGGUCCCAACGGCAACCGUGUGGUGAUCCCCAUCACCGGUGGAUCCUUCAAGGGGCCUCGCUUGUCCGGCAAAGUCCUUCCCCUCGGUGCUGACUGGGGCCUGAUCGACUCCAAGAACACCUUCUCGGCCGACACACGCUACCAGCUUCAGACUGAUGACAAUGUCCACAUCUUCAUCAGCACAAGCGGUCCGGCGCAGUCCGAUGGCUUCAUCCACCUCCGCAUCAAGUUUGAGACGGGCAGCUCCAAGUAUUACUGGCUGAACAACGUAAUUGCAGUCGGGAUUCUGACAUCAGGGAAUGGGUACGUCGCUAUUGAUGCUUGGCAGUUGACGUCGCCGACCAAGGCUUGAGAGGGGAAACGGAUGAGGAGGUAGAACCUGUUAUGGUAGCAUGAGUGGUUGGCGUUCUUGUUAGAGGACUCCGGGUUUCAGCCGCUCGGUGCUGCAAAAAUUGACAAAGUUUUAGUUUUGGAAUGCGCGACCAGGUGUCGAAGUGAGGUGGCUGCCUGGCUUUUUUC